GGUGGAAGACUGAUACCAUUCAAUUCGUACUGUAGUAGAAUAUAUCUGAUAUGAUUUUCAAUGGUACCUGCCUACCCUCAAUGCCAAGUCAACAAGCCUAAUCAAGGUAUACUUCCGACUAGGAAGGUACAGUGCCUUUGCCAGUAGCACCACGACAGUAUGAAACACCCCAGUUGGUAUAACCAAUCGAGUCGACAUCUCCCGUCUUGGCUUCCGGGACCAUGCCGAAGGAGAGAGUCCAAUUCUGAAGUGCUAUUUAGUGGCUACUUGCUGUGAGGACCAGACAGAUUCCUAGCGGACGUCUAGAGGCAAGACUAUAAAUUGGCCUGCACUUCUUCGAUCUUUCUUUCUCUUCAUACUAAUCCAUCCCUUCAGAUACAUCAAUUCACUGGUCGUUUCAGUUCAAAGCUAGCCAAGAUGGAAUCGGCAGACCAAAGUUCUCCACAGGCAUCUUCAUGUUCUGGAUGUGACUCUCUCGCGGAACAGCGUAUUUGCAUUUCCCUUCUACUCAACGGGGCAAACAUUCCAUAUAUUCUCUGGGGAAAUGACUAUCUAAAUAUCCUUGGAAUUAGCGAACGAAUCUGUGGGCAGAAUGUUCUCGAAGACGAGAAAUGCGGGCAAAGUGCUCCCGACUGGGAGCUCUUCGGGUCAUCUCCGCCCCGGAGACACGAAUGUCAGGUAAAAGGUGAAAUAAAUGACACCAUGGACUUAUUGAUCGAGGACGAAGCCAUGGAGAAAGCCAAAGAUGUCCUUUGGAAUUACAUGUAUCCGAACCGACCCGGGACUGAUGAAUCGUCAUCCAGGUACCGAUGCCGAUACUCUGACAAACAGGAACGAUACAUCACACCGUCCCUGAUCCCAGAUUACGUUGUCCAUCUAGAGAUCUUACCUGACCAAGUUGGCACGAAACAUCCCCUUCACCCGGCCAAGGACAAGACGUUUCACGCUGACAUAUGUCUCUACUACAAGUCCAAAUGGUUGUGGAAUGCACCUCCCCUACCUCAAGGCGUCCCCAGUGUCAGGGAUUCAUACUAUACGGACGCGACCGAAUCUCUCUUCUUGCCUCAUACCUGUGGUGACAAAUUUCGGUGCAUACUGAGAAGUGAUAGGAAGCCUCUUUCCGACUGUCCUAUUCUUCCUGUCGACAGCGGCCUGGAGAAGGUCAUAACGCCAGAUACUAAGUAUAAGCAUCACCUUGGCCGUCACCCGGUGAUAUGCAACACUUCGAACAAUGUCCUUAUCCCUGCUCGUUUUCUCGAGUGUCUGCACUAUUUGUGGGUCCGUGACAGGGAGAUAUUCGGUGGCUUUGACUAUUGGUCUAAUCUGAUUGAGCGUUUCUUUGAGAUAACAUUCAGGCUCUUACCCCAUGGACAUCUUCUUGUGAAAGAUAGUUUCGACCCUAUGUUUUACGAUUGGAUGGGGGAACAGGUGAAGAAGUAUCGGCUGCCGUGGCAGGAGGAACUGAUUAAAGAUUUGGGAGAGAUUUAUGUAGGAUCAGGAAGAAGGGACCAGAGUCAGUCUGGAACAGGGGGCAAUGGAUCGGCGACAUUGGAGACGCUUCGAGCGAACUUACUUGCUAAGGGUUCCAUUCCACUUUCCCCAUUUUGUUGGAUGCCUCGCAAUAAGGAGCAGCGUCAGAUUCUUACAUGUGAUCCUGACGAGGGUGUGUAA